AUGUCACAAUCCGACCGAAGAGACGACAUAUGCAUCUUCCUCGGCUGCGCCGCCGGCUCCAUCACGUGCCUGCAGAUCCUAGCCACCGCCGCCGCGGUGCGGGAGCAGGACUUCGAGAGCGGCUGGUUUCUCCUCGUCAUGUUCGCAACGAUGAUCGGGAUCGGCACAACGAGCGUCGGCAUCCCGCACCUGGCGUACACAACGCGAACGGAUAGCGGCAGCUGCACCGUGGCCGCCAUCCUGGGAUUCUGCGCGGCGAUCACGUACUCGGUCAGCAGCCUGGAGACGGGCCGCGGCGAGACGCAUCGGGCUUGGUUGGAGGCUAUAUACUGCAUGCUGCUGUGGGCGUGGGUUGCGUGCGUGGCAGAGAUGGGUAUGGGGGUUUGUAGGAGGGUGGUGGAUUACUUGGAACAGACUUAA